AUGUCGAGGACGCCCUCAGUGUCAGACGACGACAUGUCGUCCUUCAGCGGUCACGAAGACUACGAUUACGAAACCGAUUGCACGACACCUGCUCCAUCAUGUUCUGGAGAGCACUAUGAGAACGAAGAGGUCGAGAGCUUCAGAGCACGAGAGUACCCUCAACUCGCCGGCAAGAUUUAUCUCGAUCAUGGAGGAUCAACAUCAAUGGUCGAAGACUUCUCAAACGACUUAAUAUCAAACCUAUAUGGCAACCCACACUCAGACUCUACACCAUCGGCUGUUGCUGGUCACCGGAUAGACGCCAUUCGCGAAAAGGCCCUACGUUUCUUCAAAGCUGAUCCUGAGGAGUGGGACUUGGUCUUUGUCGCCAACGCUACUGCCGCCAUCAAGCUCACUAUCGACUGUCUCAAGGAUCAUUCCGCCGCCACACAUAAGCAACUAUGGUAUGGGUACCAUCGUGACGCUCACACUAGUCUCGUCGGUAUCCGUGAGCUCACAACCACAAGCCGAUGCUUCGGAAGCGAUGAUGAGGUAGAGAAGUGGAUCGAGUGCGGUGGUACUGGCGGUCCCCUUCCUCGCCAAUUAGGUCUCUUCGCUUAUCCCGGCCAAUCAAACAUGACUGGUCGUCGUCUCCCUCUCACAUGGCCUGGUAUGAUCAGAAACAAAGUCCUACGAGCAAACACGUAUACCCUCCUCGAUGCUGCUGCACUCGCCAGUACGGCUCAAUUGGACCUGAGUAAUACCCGUGAAAGCCCUGACUUCGUUGCCCUCAGUUUCUACAAGAUAUUCGGCUUCCCAAACAUUGGGGCUCUACUUGUGCAGAAGUCCUCGGCUCACGUGCUUGCUAACCGCAAAUAUUUUGGAGGUGGUACGGUCGAUAUGGUCGUGACCAUCAAUGAUACCUGGCAUGCGAANAAGACUGCUACCAUCCAUGACACGCUUGAGGAUGGCACUCUCCCUUUCCACUCGAUAUUUGCUCUGGAUCACGCCAUCAACGCUCACGAACGUCUUUACGGAUAUGAACCUAUGAAGUUCAUUUCGCGCCACACAGUACAACUGUCAAAGCAACUCCACGACAACCUUUGCAAUCUCCGACACAGAAAUGGCAAAUCUGUGAUUCGUAUUUACAAGGAACCUUCUACCGUCUACGGCGACAGCAAAACUCAAGGCGCCACUAUCGCGUUCAACGUGCUGAACUCUGACGGUUCACUUAUCCCAUACACAGAAGUCGAGAAGUUGGCCAACGGCCACGACAUUUAUAUCCGCAGCGGCUCUCUGUGCAACCCUGGUGGCAUGGCCACUUACCUCAACUGGACACCAGCAGACAUGAAAGCAGCUUUUGCAUCUGGUCACCGCUGCAGCACCCCUAUGGAGAUUGUCGACGGCAAAGCCACAGGCGUCGUUCGCGUAUCUCUCGGUGGCAUGUCCACAGCCUCGGACAUUAGAGCUUUGAUCUCUUUCCUCCGCGUCUCCUACGUGGACACCACAAUACCGAAAACGAUGUCCCUAGCCAAGCAACCCAUCUCGCUGCAACGAGCUUCCUUCAUCAAAAUUCGGAUUCCGGAGGAAAGCGAAGAGGAUACUGUGGUCAAAGCAACAGCGCCUGUCAUCAAUGCACCUGCCUGCCGUCCUCCUUCUGCUCACCGCAACCGUCUUCGCAAAUCUUUUGACUUUAGCGUUGGAGCAUCGCCAGCAGGUUCUUCUGUCACCUCCAUCUCCUCCGCCGGUCUCCCUCGCUCCCAAUCUUCCUUGAGCGUUGCUUUGAGAUCGAAGAAGCCCGAGAUCAGUAGACACCGUAGUCUGCUUGGCCGUGCGGAAUUGAAACCUGCUGCGCCAGGGAGAUGGGACGACUUCUGGAAGGAAGAAGCGGCUGCACUCGUCGCUACUAGGGCUGUAGAGAGCGAAGCUGGGCAAGUCGUUUCUCCAGCAGAAGCCAAGAAGAAAGAGAAGGAGAAAGAGAAGGAAAAGGAAAAGGAGAAAAGAAAGAGCGGAUUCAAGAAGGUAACUCUAACAAAGUUGCUUGGGCUAUGA